AUGUUUCGUCUCAUUUCUAUUCCACUCGUUCUCGUGCCUGUGUUCUAUGGACACAAGGCAGCAAGUGCUGGCACAACGGGAACAGCAGAAACGAUUAGUUGUUUAAGCGAGAUGAAUGUGGAGAGGGCCGCUGCGGGACUCGCUGCGUUUAAAGAGGCAACUGAUGCAACGCAAGUGCUGCCGAAAACCCCUGGCACUGAACGAACAAUAACACCUGCUACGUUGUGGAACGAAAUCUGCAAAGUAAUAGCAAAGGAAGCAGAGGAAAGCGAAGAAGCCAAAAAAUUACAGGGAACCUUCGCGUAUUACCGCGGCGAGAAUGACUGCAAGGCAGCAGUGCAGUACUGGAAGGACGGGUUUCCUCUGUUCAAAAACGAGCUCCCUCCAACGUACAAUGCGUUGAAUGACCCCAAAAUAUACACAGACCAGGCUACUUCCUUUGUCGCUCUCUAUAACCCUCAGGCGAGUCCUGUUGCCAGCUGCGCCUUCGUCACCUGCACAACAGCAACCGAGUCCACUGCGCCAGACAAAGGGCUCUCAACAAGAAGACUUCAAGGUGAAGAGGAUACUGCUUCUACUAGUACUGCGGUUAUCUGCUUGACGAACCCAGCGGCACUCUCGAAGGGACAACAGCCAUUCAAGGAAGAGGUGUGGCGGAAGAUUGUCCAAGCUCUAGUUGGCACUGAGGAGAGCAACGGGAUUUCGCCAGUCAGGGCGUCAUUGGCUGUUGGGUUUAUAAUGAUGCUUUUUCCCUACGGGCUUUUUUAA